UCAACAACAAUCAGUAAUCACCAGUAAAAUAUUAAAAUUAAAAAAUAAAAAUUAUUCGUAGUUCGUUUAUUAUUAAUUGUUAUUUUUUAACUUACCUAUAAUCGAUCGAAGGCUGAUCUUACGUUUCUUACGGUUAUUUUAAGAAAGUAAUUUUAAAAAAGUUUUAUUUAUGGUAACUAAAAUGCCAGAAGGAGAAUCAGAGCCCGUUUCAUUAGUGACAAUCAAAGAGCCAGUUGAUUUAAUUCGUCUUAGUGUUGAUGAGCGAAUCUAUGUUAAGAUGCGCCAUGACCGAGAAUUACGUGGUCGACUUCAUGCUUUUGAUCAGCAUUUAAACAUGGUGUUAGGAGAAGCUGAAGAAACUAUUACUACAAUUGAAGUUGAUGAAGAAACAUUUGAAGAAGUAUAUAAAACUACUAAACGUACUAUACCUAUGUUGUUUGUUAGAGGAGAUGGUGUUAUACUUGUGUCUCCUCCUUCUACUACAUCAUAAGAUAUUUUUAUUUGAUAAAAUACCACAAAAGUUAACUUGUAUAUGUAACUAAAUUGUCAAAUUGUGUUUAAUACAAAUAAUUAAUAUUAAAUAGAAUAAGUUCUAAAAUUAAAAAUAUGUAAUUAUAAUUGGUUAAA